GCGGCCGGUGCGGCCACUCUCGGGAAGCGCAGCUCAAAGCGCAGCGUAAAGCGCGUCUACAGCCAGUCGCUCGUCGGCGUCGUUUUCCGUAUUUAUUUUGUGUGACCUGUGUCGUUUUUCACCAAAGUAAAGAAGAAGAGGAAGGGAAGGAAGAUGGGUGCUUGUAUGGCAUUAUGUUCUUUGGCCAGCUGCGCCUCCUGUCUUUGCGGCUCGGCCCCCUGUCUGCUGUGUGGCUGCUGCCCCUUCAGUAACAACUCCACGGUGACCAGGCUGAUCUUUUCCUUCUUCCUGCUCCUUGGUACCCUCGUGUCUGUCAUCAUGAUCCUGCCAGGAAUGGAGGACCAGCUCCGAAAGAUUCCAGGCUUCUGCAAAGGUGGCAGCUCUAUACCAGGCUUGGAGAACCAGGUGAACUGCGGCGUCCUCGUCGGCUACAAGUCCGUCUACCGUAUGUGCUUCGCCAUGGCCUGCUUCUUCUUCCUCUUCGCUAUCAUCAUGGUGCGUGUGCGUAGCAGCAAGGACCCCCGUGGCGCCCUGCAGAACGGGUUCUGGUUCUUCAAGUUCCUGAUCCUGGUUGGUAUAACAGUGGGCGCUUUCUUCAUUCCAGACGGCACCUUCAACACAGUGUGGUUCUACUUUGGUGUGGUGGGCUCCUUCAUCUUCAUCGUCAUUCAGCUUGUCCUCCUCAUUGACUUUGCCUACAACUGGAACAAGGCCUGGCUCGAGAAUGCUGAGGAGGGGAACAGGAAGUGCUGGUUUGCAGGCCUGCUGUCCUUCACCAUUCUGCACUACGCCCUGGCCUUCACCGCCGUGGUGCUUUUCUACGUAUACUACACACAGCCCAGCGGUUGCACCGAGCACAAGGUCUUCAUUAGCCUCAACCUCAUCUUCUGCAUCAUCGUUUCCAUCGUGGCAAUCCUGCCCCCAGUGCAGGAAGCCCAGCCAGAGUCUGGCUUACUGCAGGCGUCACUCAUCAGCCUCUAUACCAUGUAUGUCACCUGGUCCUCCAUGACCAACAACCCUGACCGCAGUUGUAACCCCAGCCUUCUAAGCCUGGUGUCCAACAGCACCAGCGUUCCCAGCCCCACUGCCACCCCAGGGCAGGUGCAGUGGUGGGAUGCGCAAGGCAUUGUAGGACUGGUCAUCUUCUUUUUCUGCACCCUCUAUGCAAGCAUCAGAUCCUCUAGCAACACUCAGGUAAACAGGCUGAUGCAGACUGGGGAGGGAGGCGAGGCCUCAGAGGGUGGGGCUGAGGAGGGCGGCUUCAGGAGGGCCGUGGACAAUGAGGAAGAAGGCGUCACCUACAGCUACUCUUUCUUCCACUUCUGCCUCUUCUUGGCCUCUCUCUACAUCAUGAUGACCCUCACAAGCUGGUACCAGCCCGAAACCACCACCCAGGCCAUGCUGAGCACCAUGCCUGCAGUCUGGGUGAAGAUCACCUCCAGCUGGCUGGGCCUCGCGCUCUACCUGUGGACCUUAGUGGCCCCUCUCAUUCUGCCCAAUAGGGACUUCAGUUAAGUCCCUUUUCCUGGAGAGUAAAGCCAUGGCGCUUAGGACUGUGUGUGUCUCCCAGAGUAACUGUUGAGCUAUUUUUUGCACUUGUUCAUCUGUUUCUUAUUUUCUCAUUGGUCAAUGAAGCCAGUGUUUCAACCAAUAAGAAAGGUGGCUGGUUGUAGCCUAAUUUCCAUGGAUUCCCCCACCCCUUUUCACAUUUUAUUAUACCCUGAAGUGUCUUUUUAUAAUGAUUAGUGUGUUUGUAUAUAGUUCUAUGAUUUUGCUUUUAUUACUUAUUGCUUUUCUGCUAAAACUUUCAAGUCAAGGAAAAUUGAUAAACACAUGGUCUUGGCCCUUGAAAGAACAGCCAGUUGUGGCAAACAAUGGCUGCAAUCAGCACAAGUCUACCUGUUUGAUAACACUGCACUCAGCAUGCCCUAAUAUCUGCUUCCGCUCCACAUAAGCAUGUGAAAGUAGCGCGUUUUGUGUUUGGCAUGUCUCUCCACUAAAGAGCCGUGCAUUGCAGGCAGCGAUCUCGGAGGGGUGCCUCCCCAGGUGGCAGUGUGUGCACACACGCCUGUGUGCUUUUAGGUGUUUUUUUCCCCUACAGGCCAUUGCUGGCCCCCCAAGCAGCAAUGUGAGGGGGAGAUAAGACCCGUGUGCAGCUUUACCCCUCUGGUAUGACACACCUCCUCUCCCCUCGUCCCCCCCGCCCCUCUGCUGCCACGGUAACACUGGGGCCCUAGCAUCAAAGGGCUUGCUGUGUGAUCCCUUCUGUGCCUUCAUCCUGGCUGGUGAUGGCGAGGGUGUGCUAUGCAGGGAUGUGGGCAGGAAGGGAGGGGCACCUCUGUGUCAGCACCACCUUCCAGGUGACGCAGGACCAUCUCUAUUGCAAAGCGUAAUGAGGAGCGUGCAGCAGCUAUCGAGCAGUGAUGUCCAGUGCUAUCUAUGGCAGUGCUGUCUUCUACAAAUACAAUUUCCUGCAGGAUCUUUCUGUUAUGUGCUAGAUUUUAAACUGAAUUUACCUUUUCCCUGUUACUGUAUGGCUGCCCACCUUUAUAUUUCAACUAGUUCAUGGUAAUGUAGGUUGUGUGCUAUACGUGAAUCAUGAUGGAUCCUGUAUGUGUAUUAGAGCACUAGGCUUUGGGGUGGGAGUGAUGUGUGGUCCAGCUUGUAUAGUGUGCUAACUAUAAUACUGUAUGAUCUCUGUAAUCCAAUGCAUGGAGAACCUGCUGUUUAUUCAGUAAUAUAGGUACUGAACUCAGUCCUGAGGAUGAAUAGUGUUUGAUUUACUUUUUUACUGAGGAUAUGAAAAGCUCUUGCAUAUGAAUUGGAAUGAACAGCAUGUUAAUAUGACCUUGUUAAUGAGAACCUGAUUUUUACAGUUAGUCAACCAUUAUUAAAAGGUGCCACAAACCGUUCCUGAGUGUUCCCCAAGUGCCUUUUUGGUCCUAAAAAUUCAGACUCUGUUUAUGGUCUGACCAAGUGCCUUCUGCAUUUUCAAACAUCCUGACAGUACUAUGAUCUUUAAUGAAUGUCUGUGUAUUUAUUUACAAUUUUGUAAUGUUUCAGGUUGUACUGUACCAGGACGCGAAGUACUCCGCAGUUUCCAACGUCUGAAUAAGCAAUAUGUAUUCUAAAUUUGUCCACAAGGUGGAACCAGUAUUCUUCCAGUGGGUGCUCGUAUUCUCAACUUAAUUAAUCAUGAGUGGUGAAUGUCACUGUUAUUUCGUUACAAUAAAGAUCAUCAAACAAA